GGACUUCCGGUCCAAGCACGCCUCCCCAGGAACUUCAGCGGGGACCUUGUGGGCAGACAGAAAUGGACUCAGAAAUCAAGGAAGAAAUCCCUGUACAUGAGGAAUUUGUUCUGUGUGGUGGAGUUGAAACACAGGUUCUAAAAUGUGGUCCCUGGGAUGACCUCUUUAAUGAUCAAAAUGUCAAUAGACCUAAACUGCUUAUUUUCAUUAUUCCUGGUAACCCGGGUUUUUCUUCUUUUUAUGUGCCAUUUGCAAAAGCUUUGUACUCUUUGACAAACAGAUGCUUUCCAGUUUGGACUAUCAGUCAUGCUGGGCAUGCCUUGGCCCCCAAAGACACGAAGAUUCUUACAGCAUCAGAAGAUGCAAAUGCUCAAGAAAUUAAGGACAUCUAUGGACUACAUGGUCAGAUAGAACACAAACUAGCAUUCCUGAGAACCCAUGUGCCAAAGGAAGUAAAGCUUAUGCUCAUUGGCCAUUCAAUAGGCAGCUACAUUGCUCUUCAGAUCUUGAAGCGUGCCCCUGAGCUUCCAGUCAUUCACACCUUUCUGCUAUUCCCAACCAUUGAGCGAAUGGCUGAGUCACCCAAUGGCAGGAUUGCCACUCCAUUUCUGUGCUGGUUUCGAUAUGCUCUCUAUGUCACUGGCUACUUAUUACUUAAACCAUGUCCUGAGAAAAUCAAGUCCUUGAUAAUCAGAAUGGGCCUUCAAGUAAUGAACCUGAAGACUGAAUUUUUACAGACGAAUAUAUUACAACCGUUCUGCCUUGGCACCUCUUCUCACCUGUCUCCUCUGGAUCCCGUGUCGCUCUGCCUGCUCUUGGCAACAACCCUCACAGAAGCAAGCUUUGUCCAGACAUGCCUUUGCCAUCCUUAUACAACUCCUAUUGGCUUGCUUACUACAAAUGGAAGAAGGUCCCAGCUGAGAGAGAGCUCAAAAUAGAAGACCUGACCCCCUUGUAGAUGAUUAGUGGGCUCUGUCAGAGCCUAUGCCCCACAUAUGGUGAAGGUAACCAAUAUUCAUAUAGUCACAUGAAUUGGUGGCAUGAUUUCAGGUUUCAUGAAGAGAAGGGUUGCCAAGAGGAAAGAAGCGGUACUGUCUGGUCCAGCUGGAUAUUCCCCCUGCAGAUCUCCUUCUCUGUGACUUGACUGUCAUCUAGACAAUGACCCUUAAUUUGCCAGCUUGACUUGUACAGGCCUUGCAGUGUUUGCACAUUAUGUAAUGUCUGUGCUUCAGGAGAAAUCACACGGAAACAAAUGGAGGAAGUUCUCUAGUCCAAGUAGUGGAUAAUAAAUCCUGCCCUAUCUAGAUAAAAACUAUUCUUCUGUAUCCUUUAGUUUAUAUACUCACAUUUUUGUUGUUGUUGUUGUAAGCUCUGAAAAAUUCAAGGAAUCAAAAUAUUCAAGUAUUUCAAAUGCUGCUACCCUUUGGCAAAGAUGGCGCAUCCCUUCAUGGAGACUGGUGUGCUGUGGCAUUAGUGUUCUUCUCCGGUGUGUGUGAAACAUCAUUUCCUACCCAGCAUUCAGAGAAGAGUAACCCUAAUCCAGUUAGCAUGCAUUAUAAACACUACCAGUGUUCACCAGUGGUAUCUGUAUAACUAGAUUGUUUUAAAUGUUAUUUUUAAAGAACGUUCAUGGAUAUUUUCCUCCUUUAUUUCAAAUAUGGAAUGUUUGCUAUUCCAUAUUUUCUUUAGAGUAGAUUUUCUUCCAUCUCAUGAGAAGUAAACUUUCUUCUCAGACAACUAAAUUGGAUUUUCUGAUCAAGGCUAAAAGAAGAUAUAUUUUAGCUCAGCAGUAUCACAGGUCAAAUAAUUAAAUUUUUAAAAAUAUUCUAAGUUCUUUUCAUUAGGCUAAAUUGAUGUUUUAAUUCCUUUCAGUUACCUAACUAGAAAAACAUAGCACAGAGAAAUAAAGAAUUCCUGGUGGGUUACUUUGUUGAAUAUGUUCUUGCAAAAGAAACUUUCACAUUUUUCCUUUCUUUAAUCAAUAUCAAAAUAACUUUUUAAAAUAUUUACAAUGACAUCUAAUGAACUGAACUAUUUAAUGAGCUGACAACACAAGAUUCACUGAAGAAUCACAAAUUUCUUAGAGUAUUUUUAACUCAAACACAUUAAUUUUUUUUAUUAAGAAGAAACCCCCUUGCUGCCUAUUCUUUCACUUGUGUGAGCAGCUUGUAAAAAUAAAACCCAACUGCAGUUUUUAACAAUUCAUAUAAGUUCUACCUCAAAUUCAGGAAUAAAGGGGAAAACAAGGCAUUUUUGGCUUUUGUAGUGUUUGGAUUUAGGGCCAAGAAUGAUUAAAUCUGAUGCGAGGAUAUCAUCUCCCUUUUAGAAACAAAAGGGCUUGUGAAUAUCCUACUGUAUUUUUCUGAAGAAAUCUUAGGAUUUAAAAUUAUCUUUCAGUCUAAAAAGUUGUAUCAUUAAAAAAAAAUAUGGUAUCUUGGGUUGCAUUUUUCUUUUGGGUGAAUGCACUGUCACUUGUGUGAGUUAUCAAUUUGCAGACUAAAUGGAUGAUCAUAAUAACCAGAAUCCUGGCUUACAAAGAAACACAUAAUAAAUCAAAUGAAUAAUUAACAUUUUUCCAUAUUACACAGAAAUUUUACAAUGGGAGAAUUUCUCUUUUAGUUCUGAUUUCUACAUUGUUAAAAGCCACAUUUGGCAUCAUUACUAAAUAUGGAAAACAACCUGGAAAAAAUAAAGAACCGCUAAAGAAAUUCCCCUUGUUAAAUGGCUUCAUCCUAGUUUCUGAGCCUAUGUAGCCCUGCUAAAUCUUUUGACAGAACCUCCUGUUUUAUGGCUCUUUGAAUACCCCACCUUACUCUGCUGGCAGUGGUGCAUGGAUUUCAUAGAGUGGAAACUGCUUAGGUCUCCAGAAUACUUAAGUCUCAUAAUCUGACCUCAAUCCCAGACUUUGCUACCAUGCAGACCUGCUUGGCUCCAGCCUUCCUAACUCCCCUGUACCCCCAAAAUCUUGUUACCCUCAGGGAUAGUCAGAAGAUGUGCAAGGAGGGGCUACCCUUGAAAGGCUCUUUUCAGUCAGCCACUACAACUUCUUUCUCUUGGAAAGCCCUAGAUUUGUGCAGAUGUGGUAUGAUGCCACCUUUCUCCCCCACUCCAUUGCCAGAAUCUCAUGGAAGUUAAGCAUAACAACCCCUGUGCUUCAGAUAAAAACACCCAGAAAAUUCAAAGGCACUAUCUUUAUUUUUAUCAGCUGGGAUGAAUUUGACUAUAGUUAUCAGAAAACUAUGAAUUUGACUAUAGUUAACAGUGGCCAAAACAGAGAGGUCUGUUUUUCUCAUGCACCAAGAAAUUGAGAUGUAGUAAGAUGAAGUAAAAAUCAUCCACACGAUGCCAUCAGGGCUGUGGGUUAUUGGUACAUUUCCACUCUGUUGGCCUUAGCAUGUAGACCUUUCUAAUGCUCAUCAUCUCAUGCUUACAUGAUGGCUCCCUAGGCCUCCUAUUUGACAUUCCAAUAGAAAACAAAAAGAGUUGGGGAGAGGUAAAAAAGCAAAAGGUCUAUUCCUAAUUAGCCUUUGGGUUAUUAAGAAAGAGAAGUCCUCCCCAGGAUCUUCCUCUUCUAGAUUAAAAGCCAAAACUGUCACAUCACUCCCUAAAAGGGAUAUAGAGAAGUCACACAUUGACUUUCCUCAUCUCUUGUUAGAGGAAGUCAAGGGAAAUGAAGAAUUUUUUUAUUGGCUUUUGGAUCAUUACAUCAUUAUCUACUACAGCCUCCUACAAGAUAGUCUUAAGACUCAUCUUUCAUGUAUUUAAUCACCUACCAAACACCUCACUAAGGCAGUUAACUCCAUUUCCUGUUCACCAUGACUAAAAUCUACCACAGCCAUGUUUAUCCAAAAUGUCUUCAGAGUUUAUAACCCUUGGCAAGUUAAAACCUCAGACAGGGUCUACAGUGUAUUUCUUAAUUGUUGCUGGCCUUCUGCAAAGAUGUCUGAAUGUAUCUGUUCAUGGGAGAGCCCAUUUCAGUUCCCAUGGUUAUUAUUAUUUUUUUUUUAUUUUAAGGGGAGUUUAAAAUAGAACAUGUUACUGUUUCACCUGUAUUAGUUGUUACUAGUGACUUCCCUUCCCAGCCACCCUUCCAUCAUCAUGGAGAUAAAUGUACUAAACCCUUUUUCUAUCCACCAAAUCUUAUAAGGAAUACAUUUUUUAAAAGAAUCAUUUUUCCUUAUAAAUAUCGUGAUUUAUUUUGGACAUAUAGACUCUGUCGGCCCCUUUAAAGACUUAAAGUGAUAAAAAUAAUAGUUCAGACAGAAUAGAUGAGGAGUAACCAUCACACUUUACACUGCAGUGUGUAUACCACACAUGGUACAUUUCCUGUCUCCAUGAUUCACCUGCCCUAAUUACACUAUGCCUGUAUCCAGUAAUUCCCUUUGCUUCAGCACCAAUUACCUUUUCUCCCCACUGUGGUGACAAAGUCAUAGUAUUCUGUGGAAUCACCCAGUGGCACUAGACCAUAUACUCCCAAAAUAGCAGGACAACUUUUCUUCUCAACUCCAAGUUCUGCUUCGGAAAGCUAUUCGUACAUCUCUUUAAAACCUUCCAUUUGAUCAUUACCUGUGAUUUUAUUUGUCUCUCUAUUGUCCCUGGAUGCUAUCUAACUAGUGCUUAUGUAGCCUAGUUUCUGACUUGUCUCAACAGAAACUCCUGGACCUGCCCUCUAUCCUGUGAUUAUUUAUCCCACUUGUAUACCAACGCCUGUCAGCUUGGCCUAUCAAUGUUGGUGUGCUUCGGCCUCCACUUUUGGCCUCCAUUGUGAUCUCAGUUCUUGGACCACUUCAAAUGAGGUGGUAGACUUAUCCUCCUCACCCUCCAAAACUACUAGCCCCACGCUACCUCCUCCCUUAGUCCAUUCCAAUUUAUUUCAGUUAAUAACCUUCUUUUCAAAGACAUGCCAUAAACCAAAUUAUCAAGCAUGGUGGAAAUAAUGAAUGAAAUAUAGGUCCUGCCCUUAAGUUACUGACAGUGCACUAGGAGAAACAAAUGUGGAAAAUGUUUAAUUUAACACAGUAAGGGCUCUCAUAAAAAUAGAUGCAGAAUGUGGGUGGUUCUUUGAAAGAGAGAUCAUUCUACCUGUAUAAAUAAUAGAGAAGAUAAGUUAGCUUGGACUUGAAGGUGACUUGGUAUUUUUCCAAACUGACAAAAUGGCACCAAUAUAAGUGACAGUAUUAAACAGAAGGCAGCCUUCUGCUAUAGAUUAUGUGCACUUGGAAAACUCAUUGAUAACAUUUGAACUAUGAAAUUAAUGUUCUGCUGGUCUUCCAACUUUAACCCCCACUCAGAUAUUUCAAACCGUUUAGCCCUUCUACUAUAAGUUGAAGUCCCAAAGUAAUAUUUGAACAUUAAGUAGAUUUCAGAAGAUGGUGGUAGCCAAUAAAAUAGAUUGACACCUCAGCGAGUCCUUUUUUCAUACCUGUAUUUUUAUUUAUUUUUAAUAUGUAUUUUUUAGUUUGUAAUUGGACACAAUACCUUUGUUUUAUUUAUUUAUUUUAUUUUUUUUUUUGUGGUGUUGAAGAUUGAACCCAGGGCCUCGCACGUGCUAAAUGAGUACUUUACCGAUGAGCCACAACCCCGGCCCUUGUAUUUUAUUUUUAAUGCAACUAAAGUAAACAAUUAACAUUCUUCUGAAUCAUUCUUUCUUUCAUGUUUUUGUUUCCAUUAUUCCUGGUACUAAACAUUUCCUUCACUAUGGUGCUUGAAACUCUGAAUUCUGCUGGGUUUCCAGGAAUGCUGUUAACAUUCAUUGCCAAGAGAAAUGUGUUUUCCACUUAGGAAAUUACACUUCUAUUUGAUAUUAUUAUUUCUGACCACUGUGCUGCAUUAAGAGCAUUUCUGAGGAAUGACAAAGAUGGCUUCCUAAGAGCAAUUACUGGAAAAUAAACUCGUGUUCUGGUUAAGUGUGGGGGGCAUGGGUGGAGGGGAGAGUAUACUUAGAGGGAAAUUACCAAAAAAAAAAAAAAAUAAGAGUCAUAAUAAAGGGAUUGGGCACAUUUCCUGAUGAAACUUUUGUUUUAAAAAGUGUUAAAAAUCUCUACAAGUUCUUUGAAUUUUAAGUUUUUAAUUAAGAAAUGACAGAAAAAUAUUUAAAAGUACCCCAUGAAUUAUAUCAAUACAGUGUUCCCUUAACUACCACCCAACUCAAGAUCCACUGCCUGGAUCUGAGAAGCCCCCUUUAAGCCCUUUUUACACCAUCUCCAAAUGUAGUUACUCUCUUGACAUCUACUGAUACUAUUUAGUUUUGCCUGGUUUUGAACUCUGUGUCACUUGUUUGUCCUUUUGUAUCUGGCUUCUUUCAUGCAGCAGAGUGUGAUGUACACCUGUUUUGUUGCCUGUGGUUUUUUCAUUUAAUUACUCUGUAUUUUGCCAUUGGUUGAAUUACACUUCAGUGUAUUUAUUCUGUGUUGAUGGUGUUUGGGUCAUUUCCAGUUUGGGACUAUUAAAGGUAAUACUGAUCAACAUAUGCUUCCCCCAGUUUCUGGUUGUUUCUCAUAUGAUUAUACUGAUCAAUACUUAGCUGAAACUAAAUGGUAACCCUCUGCAGAUCUCUGGAGCUUUCCUCAUUCAUGGCAGAUCUCUCCUCCCACUAUUUUGCCUUGUCAAAAACCAAAGCAUUCACCUCCCUAGACUGUCAGUCCUGUCUCCUUGUUUUAAAAUGUACCUGGAAAAGUGACAGACAUGAAAACAAACUGUGUUGAAAGAGAAGUUAGUUACUUACAGUUCCCAGGAGAGCAGGGGGACAUGCUACACGAGGCAGGGUUAGACAGGUAAGCACCUCAUUGGGUCAGAAAGCAGAAGGAACACAGGUGAACAUGGCCUAGGGGUUCCAAGAAAAGGAGUGGGUGAGGCAAGUUUAAGAUAGCUAAUUUGAAUAAUUUUGCCAAGCUCUAGACUUUUGAGAUGGUCCCUAAUUGUCUGGUACUUGGCCCUGGGAUGAUUUAGAACAGGGAAAACACUGACUUGCUGGCUUGUUUCCUAAGUAACAAGGAGUAUGGACUUUGGAUUGGUUGGCUUGCAUGUGAAAGGCAUGUUCGCAGGGAAAUCAAAGAACUAACUAUCCCUGAGAGAGGUAAUCUCCCCCUGGUCAGCAAGGUCACCAAGAUGUCAGUGCAUCAUAAAAUGUAGAAUAUUAAAAAAAAGACUCAUGCUCUCCUCAACUUGGGGAGAUUACCAAAUUCUGCAUGUCUUCCUCCUUCCUGUACUGCAGCCUGAAGACUUUUCAACACAAACAACAAGCUAAGAUGAUUAUAACAGUCACCUCAUCAUUUUCAGUUUUCUCUAGGUUCUUUGCCCAAUAUCCAGUGUCUUGAAAAUCUUUUCUUCUUCAUAUAUUUUAUUUGUUGCUCUAGUUUUAGAGAGGAAAUCAAAUCCAUUUUCUAUCAUUCCAUUUUUUUCAGAAAUGGAGGAACUAUGUGAGG